UCGCGGAAGCGCGAUCGUGGUGGGCGGGGUCUGUGUGCGCUGCGGUGGGGCGGCGGGGCUGAGAACACAGCCCUGCAAUUGCUAAGAAAUAAUUCCCAGCCUUCUUUGUGACCGCCUGACCUACAAGCUGGGAGCAAACACACUUGUGCUGCAGGAUGUUUCGCCUUCGAUUUCUUCCCAUUGCAGCAGGGCUGUCUGCUGUUUCCCGGCGUUACCAUGGGACAGCACAUCACCCCAGGACCAGACGUAGGCUCGUGGCGGCAGCUUUCAUAGGGACAACUGCAGCGACAGCAAGUGCCAGAUUCCUUUGGCAGAGGGCCUACGCAGAAGACUCGUCCUCUGUAAAACACGAUCCAAGGACAGAGCCAAGCGAGAAGGUGAAGCAUGAGGAGGAGGAGGAGGAGAGCAGUGGCAGUGAGGGUAGAAAGGCCGUUGCAUCAGGCGACGAGGAGGCUCAGCCGGAAGCGAAGAAGAAGAAGCGUUCCGGGUUCAGGGACCGUAAGGUGAUGGAAUACGAGAACAGGAUCAGAGCCUACUCCACGCCGGACAAAAUCUUCAGAUACUUUGCCACUUUGAAAGUCAUAAAUGAGCAUGGUGAAUCAGAGGUUUUUAUGACACCGCAGGAUUUCGUGAGAUCUAUAACACCUAAUGAAAAACAACCGGAAAACCUGGGCCUGGAUCAAUUUAUAGUGAAACGCUAUGAUGGGAAGAUACGGGUUAAAUUUUCAUCUAAAUUAUUAGCUGAACUCAUCCCCACUCUGCAGUCACAUACAAUGAAAUUAUCCCAGGAGCGAGAGAAAUUUGCCGAUGAAGACAGCAUAUUUUACGCGCUUGGAGAAUGUGGACUCAUUUCUUUUUCUGACUACAUCUUCCUCACGACGGUCCUUUCCACUCCCCAGAGGAAUUUCGAAAUCGCCUUUAAGAUGUUUGAUCUGAAUGGUGACGGCGAGGUGGACAUGGAAGAGUUUGAGCAGGUCCAGAGCAUCAUUCGCUCCCAAACCAGCAUGGGCAUGCGCCACAGAGACCGGUCUACGACGGGGAACACCCUGAAAACUGGCUUCAACUCUGCGCUGACAACGUACUUCUUUGGGGCGGAUCUGAAGGGGAAGCUGACCAUCUCCCACUUCCUCGACUUCCAGCGCAAACUGCAGCACGAUAUUCUGAAGCUCGAGUUUGAGCGACACGACCCGGUGGAGGGGCGGAUCACGGAGCGGCAGUUCGGCAGCAUGUUGCUGGCCUACAGCGGGGUGCAAUCCAAAAAGCUCACGGUCAUGCUCAAGCAGCUCAAGAAGCACUUCCAAGACGGAGAGGGGCUGACGUUUGAGGAGGUGGAGAGCUUCUUCACUUUUCUGAAGAACAUAAAUGAUGUGGACACAGCUUUGAGCUUCUACCACAUGGCUGGAGCUUCGCUUGAUAAAGUGACGAUGCAGCAAGUGGCCAGGACGGUGGCCAAGGUGGAGCUCUCCGACCACGUGUGCGAUGUGGUGUUCGCGCUCUUCGACUGCGACGGGAACGGUGAGCUGAGCAACAAGGAGUUUGUUGCCAUAAUGAAGCAGCGCCUUAUGAGAGGGUUGGAGAAACCCAAGGACAUGGGCUUCACGCGCCUCAUGCGAGCGAUGUGGAAAUGCGCCCAGGAGACGGCGUGGGACUUCACCAUGCCCAAGCAGUAGCCGAGUCGGGGAGGAGCGCCCGGCUCCCCCAUCCGAGCAUCGCCGCUGCCGACACCUGUGAGGUGGCUCCAGCCCGUUCGUAACCGGAGAGAGUUUUGUAAAUCGACGUUAGAAAUCAAAGCCUGUUGUAUUUGCAGCUUCUGCUCGCCGCUGCGCCCCGUCAUACUCCUCUCUCAGGAAAAAGGGGAAAAAAAGAAAAAAGGACUUUUCUUACCGCCUCCGCUUCGUGAUGCCGGAGCCGGGCAUCGAGCGAGCUGGCGGGGCCGUAUCUGCAUCACUUUUAUUUAACGUAAUUACAAAACGCCACGGGGGUGGUUUGAAUUCUGAGAUUGCUCCUAAGAACGAAGCUGCGGCGUGUCUAGAGCAGCCGCGGGCUGGGAGCGCCCCAAGAUUUGCUCUGUGCUCCCCCUGUGACUGUCGGGGGGGUGGAGGGAGGGACGCUGCCUCUGACGUAAGAGCAGUUACAAGCAGAUCCCAUUAAUUAAUUGGGUUUUUUAAUGGGGAGCCCUCUGCGCGGGGCAUGGCCGUUCUGUACCGGGCUGAACGCUCUCCUCUCUGUAAAGUACCGUGUAAAGAUGUU